AUGUCUGGUGAAAUGGCCCUUCAACAACGGGGUAGUUCCGUAUCCUUUGACGAUAACAUUGAGACCACUAGACUCAGCCGGUUACAGCUGUUAGUGGUUGCUGGCAUAUACAUCGGUGUUCUCCUGGCAAGCGCGGGGGACACGUUGAUUGUUGCCGUUUACAAUUCUAUCGGCUCGGAUUUUCAUGAUCUCUCAGAAGGAGCAUGGCUGCUCGUGUCGUAUAGUCUAGGCUCUUGUGUUUCCUCUCCUGCCGUAAGUAGCUUCCGAGCAACUUAUCUUUUGCUUUCGUUCCGAAUUAACACGAUCACCGCGGACCAGUUCGGAGCGCUCAAUGACCUUUAUGGAAAGAAGACAACGCUGUUAUGGACAUAUUUCCUCUUCGCCGCUGGCACGUACUACUUGUUCCAACAGCUGGGUAGAAUUCUAGGCCCUGCCAUAGGUUUCGCUUUGAUCCAAGGACAUUUCAAGGCAAGAUUGAACUGGAAGCUACGGGCUCUACCCAAUGCCUCAGAGCUGGUUCAUAAUAUCCUCAACGACGACAACUUCGCCCAUACAUUGCCAGCCCCCGUGCAGCGUCUUGUCCGUGAAUGCUAUUUGUAUGGGUUUCAAUUUGCUGCCCUGUUUCCGAUAAUCAGUACUAUUGCGGCGCUGCCUAUUCUUAUGCUGACCAUUGAGUCUCUUCCUAUAUUCUCGUUGAAUUCAUCGGUAUAUUACCUUCAGACGGUCCUGAAGAUGUACUUUCAGCCUCUUGCCAUCCCUUCGUUGUUUGGCUUGUUUGCUAUUGCGCGUAGUGAAGCUCCUAAGGCUCCUCCCACAAUCAACUCACUAGGCGCACUACAGGCCUUAAAGUACAAUUACCUGGACCCCUGGAACAAUGGAGCAGCGGCAGUCUUGGCUUAUGAGCCUCGGAGCAGCGCAGAGGCGUGGGCAAAAUGCGAUGCCAUUGGAGAAAGCCUCUAUCCCUUCCAGGAUACAACUGAACUCAAUCGCACCGAAUUGGGCUACGAACUUGACUAUCUCGUCCAUAAUCAGGAUCUGCAACCACACUAUGCACUCUGGAUAGGUUCCUCGAGCACCCCUGGGCAAGCCUGCAUGGCAUAUUCUCAAAAACAAAAGGCUGUCAUCCCGCUGCCUUGCGACACAAAGCUCCCGACACUGUGUACCUCCAGUGCUCCCCCGACUAAUGACAAACACAAAGAACCCGUGAAGUCUUCUCGGAUUUCUAUGUCAUUUGAUGGCUAUAAUAUCACUGGUUAUCGUGAUGCUCGAUCCUUUAGGUUCUUGGGAAUACCUUUUGCCGAUCCCCCGGUCAAUGAGUUGCGGUUCGCGCCUCCGCAACCAUAUACUGGACAGAAAGAGAUCGACGCAACGAAACUACCAGCCUCCUGUAUUCAAUCCCAAUCAAGCUUUGGGACGCUUGAAAACAGUUUUAUCUCAGAAAAUUGCCUUUACCUGAAUGUUUAUACCCCCGUGCUACCAGCCCAGCUUGCUAAGAGUGUUGCGCACAGACCUGUUGCGGUUUACUUCUACGGGGGCGGAUUCACUAAAGGUAGUACGUCUAUGAUUGACUAUGACGGUGGUAACUUCGCCAGUCGUAAUGAUAUUGUGGUUGUUACUGUCAAUUACCGUGUCGGAGCCCUGGGCUGGCUUACAACAAAGAAUCUCACCACUGGAAGCUACGGUACUCAGGACCAGAUCUUGGCUCUAAAAUGGGUUCAGCAGUAUAUAACAACAUUCGGCGGGGACCCUUCACGAGUUACUAUAUUUGGCCAGUCUGCUGGCGGCCAAAGUGUAAUUGCAAUGUUGUCUUCAAGUGCUGCCAGUGGCCUCUUCUCUGCUGCAGUUGUGCAGUCAGCUGCCCUGGACAUACCCUGGUAUUCGCGCCAGGUUUACACAGAGAUCAUCACCCCAAGGAUUGCGAAGGUUGUUGGGUGUGAUAUUGCUGAUGAGCUUGUCAUGCUGUCCUGUCUUCGCUCUAUCCCUGCAGCUAAAUACCUCGACAACUCCACCGAAUUCGUGCACGCGUUAGACGAGAUUGCAGAGGCAGUAGGGAAUGAUUAUCUGCACACAAAAAAGCUCCAGGUUUCUAGCUCGCCAUUCAUGCCUAUCAUUGAUGACCGUGGUUCGGGCGUCAUUGAUGACCAAUUCCAUACCUUGCUUGCGACGAAUCGUCUCCCCAACGCUGUCCCCAUUAUGUUAACGACAAUGACCGAUGAAGCCGCCCUCUACGUGGAUCGCUAUGUUCCUCACAUUCCUUUAAUCGGUAGUAGCAACAUUGGCCUGGAUAUAUUUUUCAACGCUGUCUAUCCUUCCAGCCUGGCAACGUCUCUUAUCAACUCACGCGUUUUCCCUAUUAACUACAGCGACCGAGACAGCCUCCGAAACACCGGUGCCGACGCUCUUACCCACUCGAAAUGGUUCUGUCCUCAGGCCUAUCUACUUCACCACGGUGCCCGUACCGUACUCCCCCAUCUCUAUACUGUCCAGAUUCAGCACGGGCACGUUCAAACCACUGUUGACGUCCCGAAAGUCUGCUCUCCCAAUGACAACUACAACGCCACAUGUCAUACGGCUGAUGUCCUACCUAUCUGGGGUACCUUGAACGCAAAGACCCAGAAUGUUAACCCAUAUUAUGGCCUUAGGGACAUCACCCACUCUCAGAUGCUCAAUGAUAUCUUCAGCUCAUUCUUCCGUACCCAUAACCCAAAUCCCGAUCCCGAGCUUCUCAAGAUUCGUGGCCCAGCCUACUCUUCCACUUUGGAUAUUUUUGGCCUCUCUGGAUAUCAUAUCCCCGAGUAUCAGACUGACGAUCCAAGCUUAUGCUUACUCGGAAUGCCGCCAAGCCAUAUUCAGAACCCGGCCAAAUCUGAUAAAUGCGACGUGUUUACUAAUUACGGAUAUCCAUUCCAGCAUACGGAGUACAGCAGUUAG